CCCAGGGACAGUGAACCAAACAGUCAGGGGGAGUAGCAGCAGCGGGAGGAGGAGGAGGAGAUCCUCAACUUGGGCUCAGGAGCCGGUGCUCCAACUGGCGCGGUGCAGUCUGAGCUCUCCACAGGACCGGUGUGCACUAUCCGCGCCGGAGGAAGUGAUCCGCGCCGACCGUGAAAGAUGCAGGCGGAGGACAUGGAGGUACCUAUCAUUAAUAACCUUAACGAUAACGGCGACAGACAGAGGCCGAAAGGGAAAGAUGUGUUCAAGGAUCAGCAGAAGGAGUCGGAGAGCUCCAUGGAGUCUCCCAACCUGGAGUUUGAGUACGGAGACACAGAUGCACUGACUGCUGAGCUUUCAGAGCUCUACAGCUACACAGAGGAGCCAGAGUUUGCCCUGAACAGAGACUACUUUGAGGAGGACUUCAGGAGCCAUGCUCGAGACAGGAGGUGGAUCGAGCUGACGGUGGAGGAGCAGAAGACAUAUGUGAUGAGGCUGCUGGACGCACUGGAGGUGACGGACAGAGACAAGAGGCUGAAGGUGGCCAGAGCAAUCCUCUACUUGGCUCAGGGAGUGUUUGACGAGUGUGACACAGAGGUGGAUGUACUCCACUGGUCCAGACACAAUGUCUUCCUGCUCUACAACAUGGGCAUCUUCACGGCACUGCUGGAGCUGCUUAGCAUGGAGAUCGAUAACAACCAGGCGUGCAGCAGUGCGGUGAGGAAGCCUGCCAUCUCUCUUGCAGACAGCACAGAGCUCAGAGUGCUACUGAGCAUCAUGUACCUGAUGGUGGAGACCAUUAGAGUUCAAACAGAGGACGACAGACCAGAGUGGAGAGCAGCAAGAGAAGUCUUCAAGAAUGAGCUAGGUUCACCUCUGUACAACGGAGAGCCCUUUGCCCUGCUCCUCUUCACCAUGGUGACCAAGUUCUGCAGCAUGAACGCCCCACACUUCCCCAUGAAGAAAGUACUACUGCUGCUCUGGAAGACAAUACUGUUCACAUUGGGAGGUUUCGAGGAGCUGCAGGAGAUGAAGGUGCGUGGUCGGGAGCGUCUGAAUCUGCCCCCGCUGCCAGAGGACAGCAUCAAGGUUGUCAGAGCGAUGAGAGCAGCCUCGCCCCCGGCCUCUGCCAUGGAGCUCAUCGAACAACAGCAGCAGCAGAAGAGAGGCCGCCGCAGCCGCAGGAGUGCCUUUGUUGAUAGCUUGGAAGGAGACAGUCCCUUUGCCAAGAAGCAGCCCCUGGUCAAGCAGGACAGCCUGGACACGUACAACGAGCGGGACCCCUUCAAGAACGACGACGCCCGGGACGAGGAGGAGGACCCCGAGGACACAGACAGCGGCAUCGAGGGCGAGGUGGACCCCUUGGACCGUGAUGUCAUCAUCCAGCCCCCGCCUCCGCCGCCUCCCCUCAGACCCCCCACAGAAAGGGUCAACUUCCCCAAGGGCCUUCCCUGGGCCCCUAAAGUCAGGGAGAAAGACAUCGAGCACUUCCUUGAGACCAGUAGAAACAAGUUCAUCGGAUUCACUCUGGGAAAUGACACAGACACCCUGGUGGGAUUACCCCGACCCAUCCACGAGAGCGUCAAGACUCUUAAACAGCAUAAAUAUGUGUCCAUCGCAGAAGUCCAGAUCAAAAAGGAGGACGAGCUGCAGCAGUGUCCAAUGACUCUGGGCGAGGAGGAGGUGGAGGAGACACCAACAGAGAUGCUGUACCUCGGCAUGCUUCCUAACCUCUCCCAGUAUGUGAUUGCCCUCCUGAAGCUGCUGCUGGCUGCAGCUCCAACAUCUAAAGCCAAAACUGAUUCUAUUAACAUCUUGGCUGAUGUUCUGCCUGAGGAGAUGCCUAUCACAGUCCUUCAGAGCAUGAAGCUGGGAAUCGACGUGAACCGUCACAAGGAAAUCAUCGUCAAGGCCAUCUCUGCUCUUCUGCUGCUGCUCCUCAAACACUUCAAACUCAACCAUAUUUAUCAGUUCGAGAUCGUCUCCCAGCACCUGGUGUUUGCCAACUGUAUCCCACUCAUCCUCAAGUUCUUCAAUCAGAACAUCAUGUCCUAUAUCAGUGCCAAAAACAGCAUAUGUGUGCUGGACUUCCCCCACUGUGUGGUCCAUGAGAUGCCUGAGCUCACAGCUGAGAGCCUGGAAGCAGGAGACACCAACCAGUUCUGUUGGAGAAAUCUGUUUUCUUGUAUCAAUCUGCUGAGAAUAUUAAACAAGCUGACCAAGUGGAAACACUCCAGGACCAUGAUGCUGGUGGUGUUCAAGUCUGCCCCCAUCCUAAAGAGAGCUCUAAAGGUGAAGCAGGCCAUGAUGCAGCUCUACGUCCUCAAGCUGCUGAAGAUCCAGACCAAGUACCUGGGCCGCCAGUGGAGGAAGAGCAACAUGAAGACCAUGUCAGCCAUCUACCAGAAGGUCCGCCACAGGCUCAAUGACGACUGGGCCUACGGAAAUGAUAUCGACGCACGCCCCUGGGACUUCCAGGCGGAGGAGUGCGCCCUGAGGGAGAGCAUCGAGAAGUUCAACAGCCGGCGCUACGACAGGAACAAGAACGGGGACUUCGCGCCCGUCGACAACUGCCUGCAGAGCGUGCUGGGCCAGCGUGUCGAGCUGCCCGAGGACUUUCACUACAGCUACGAGAUGUGGCUGGAGAGAGAGGUCUUCUCCCAGCCCAUCCAGUGGGAGGGGCUGCUGCAGAAUCCGUGAUGCAGGGAAAAGGAU